UGUUAGCCACUACUCGCCUGUUAUCCAGAUUACAUGGAACACCUUAAGUUUCGUUAGUGCUGCUUAGUAUCAGUGAUGUCGUGCUGGUUUCGUGAGGUUCGGGGUAGUUAUCGUGAAGAUAUUUCAGCAGUGAAUUUACACCGUGUCUAUACAUGUACAUCAGGCAGGACCAAGAUAUUCUCGACGAACCCUUUAGGAAGUUUAAGGGGCGCUGAACGUUCCAAGAAUUCACAAGACAACUUCUAUAUUUCGGAAAGUGUACCUCUGAUCUCUGAAGAACACUACUCGGGCGACAGGGUCGUCCUAGCGAGUCCUGGUGACACUACCAUCCCUGUGAACCCUGCACACCCCGGGAGUCACGGUACAGGCAGAAACUUCUUUAUUAUUAGUCAAGAAGGCCUAGGUGGAAGACACAAGGAUGUCCGCGCUGGCCUUUCAGAUGUAUUAGCAAUACAGGGAGGCGGAAAUGGUAUGGGAACUGAUUUGGUAUCGUGUAACGGAUCAUCCAGCACCUCGGUGUUCGUGUGUCGCCUCGGAGAGUGCAUUCCCAUCUCCCUCAGAUGUAACGGCGUCCCUGACUGCACUGGCGGAGAGGAUGAAAGUGUCAGAGAAUGUGGUUGCCUGCCCAACGAGUUCCAGUGUGGGGAGACUUGUAUAGACUCCGUCCAGCGAUGUGACACACUGCCCCACUGUCCUGAUGGCCUGGACGAGCAACACUGUGAGACCUACACGUGUCCCACGUCUCACUUCAAGUGUAAUAACCACUUCUGUGUCCCCAGCGAGAACGUCUGUGAUUUCCACGACCACUGCGGCGACGCCUCCGACGAGCACCACUGUCGUGAGUCUUGUAUCUCUGGUCCCACUCUGGCUCCUUUGUCUCCUUAUCUCUGGUGCCAGUCUUCUACCUCUGUCUCUCUCUCCUUACACAAGGUCCAGUGUUUUCCUACAUCUGUAUUCUUAUUUAAUACCAACACUUAAGGUUUUAUCAUGUUU